AUGCACGACGACGACACCACCUCAUGUACGACGACGACGAUGGCGCGACAACGCCGGGACAUAAGUGAAUCGCCGAUAAAAACGGAAGCGGCAAGGCACAACAAUAGUCAAAGUAUCCGACGAAGUCGUGACCCGAACCCAAAACCAACGCGCAACUCCAGCCCACGUGUCACCGGCCUUCAAGUAUCCAUCGACGGCCACACGGUAACUGCCUUGAUAGACACAGGCGCCGACUACUCAGUCAUCAGUGGGUCAUUAGCAGCGAAAUUGAAGAAGGUAAAGACGACUUGGGACGGACCACAGAUCCGCACAGCGGGAGGCCACAUCCUCACCCCAUCGGGACAAUGUACUUCAAGAGUGACAUUUGACGGACACACAUACCUUAUGACUUUCUUGCUGCUGCCGCAGUGCUCCCGUGACGUGAUCCUCGGCAUGGACUUCUUGACUCAAAACAGAGCGGUUAUCGAUCUGUGGUCUAGGUCCAUCACACUUUUCUCGGAUGAGGCUGUAAAUUCGUCCUCGCGUCUGCACAAUCGUACGGCCCUCCGUGUGCUCGAGGAUGACGCGAGCAUCCCGCCCCGAUCAACUGCUCUAGUCACCGUAACCGCUGCCACUGCCGAAAACGCCCAUGGCAUCGUCGAAGGUAACAUACAGCUUUUGCUGGACCGAGAUGUUGCAAUCGCAAGAGGAAUUGCGGAUUUGCGCAAUGGAUACAGCUCAGUGCUGCUAACGAAUUUCAGCCAAGAGCACCGUCGCCUAUCCAAAGGCACGACCAUUGCCUUCCUCGAAGAAAUUGUCGAAGCGAGCGACGCCCUCGUCCUUUCAGACCCGGCAUCCACGACCCCACAGAUCCAAAACUCGGUGCCGACAUUCGACAUCAACCCUUCCCUGCCCCAGCACAAGCAGCAACUGCUCCAGAACCUUCUUCAAACAACCUUCCAGCGUCUAAUGGACACAGUACUGGCAGGCCUCAAGUGGCAAAUAUGUGUGGUGUACCUGGAUGAUGUUGUCGUCUUCGCCGCUAACUUCAGCGAUCACCUCAAAAGGCUUCGGACUGUAUUGGAGGCAAUCAAGUCAUCAGGGUUGAGGCUGAAGCCAGAAAAAUGUCAUUUCGCCUACGAAGAGCUGCAUUUUCUUGGCCACAUUAUAAGCAGAAAUGGGGUACGACCCGAUCCGCAGAAAACAACCGCUAUCGCACAGUUUCCCCAGCCGGACGACAAGAGAGCGGUGCGCAGAUUCUUAGGGCUGUGCGCGUAUUACCGGCGGUUCGUUAAGAACUUCUCGCACAUUGCGGAACCUUUGACACAGCUCACAAAAUCAGACGUGCCCUUCAAAUGGGAAGCUGCGCAACGCGACGCAUUCAAGGAACUUCAGCAGCGUUUGCAGUCACCGCCGGUGCUGGGUCACCUUGAUGAAAAUGCCGAAACUGAGAUACAUACGGACGCCAGCAGCAUUGGCUUAGGCGCCAUCCUCGUCCAGAAGCAGGAAGGCUGCGAGCGAGUUAUAGCGUAUGCAAGCCGGUCAUUGUCAAAGUCGGAAGCGAACUAUUCCACGUCUGAGAAGGAGUGUCUUGCAAUAGUAUGGGCCACGUCAAAAUUCCGCCCAUACUUGUAUGGAAGACCCUUCAAGGUUGUAACUGAUCAUCACGCGUUGUGCUGGUUGGCCAAUCUAAAAGACCCUUCCGGCCGCCUCGCUCGAUGGAGCCUACGGCUGCAGGAAUUUGACGUCAAAGUGGUCUACACUUCUGGCCGUAGGCACUCCGACGCAGACUGCCUGUCAAGAGCCCCCGUCGGUGCACCCCGAAACGACGAUGAUGACGAUGCCUUUCUUGGGCCCAUCAGCAGCAGCACAUUUGCGCAACAGCAGCGCUCAGAUCCGACCCUACAACAGCUGAUCAAGUACAUCGAAGGCAAGGCGUCCAUGCCCCCUGCGCCGUUCAAACCCUCCGAGAAGAAAUUCUGCAAGCGUUACAUGAUGAACCCACUGCUGGUCACCUCGGUUUUACACGUACACUCCGCAGAAUCCAGGACAGGUAUUACUGGCCCCGUCUCUCAGCAGAUGUUGCGCGAUACGUCAAGAGUUGCCGUGAAUGUCAGCGCCGGAAAAGACCUCCAACAAGACCAGCUGGACUUCUACAGCCAAUCCAACCACCAUCGAGACCAUUCCAGCAGAUUGGUAUGGACCUGCUUGGACCCUUCCCCACGUCAACCUCCGGUAUCAAGUGGAUUAUAG